GUCUGUCUGGAAAGCCUCCGCAAAUGAAAACUUGUGGUGGUGGGGAACGACCCCGCCCACAGCCGACGGUGUGCCCCUGCAAGUGCUUUCUCUCCACAGGUCUGGCUUUGUUCUGCUGUCAGUGAAUGUAACUAGCUAACAGAGUCUGAAUAAUAUGGCCGUGUGCUGUCUUUUCUUGGCUCGGAAAAGUCUCAACGGCGCCGGCAGAUUACAACUAUUUUUGUCGAAUGAUCACAGGGCUUUGAUUGGCCUGUACAGCACAGCGGCAAAGCAUUGGGGAACAGGUGAUAAUUGCAAUGGUGAUGACACCACAGAUGACUCCAGCCAUGCGAUGACCAAUGUGAAACUGCUGGAGAUGAGGGCCAGCAAGCUGGAGGAGCAGGUCAGGGAGCUCACGGAAAGAUACAAAAGGGCCAUGGCUGACUCUGACAAUGUUCGAAAAAGAACUCAGAAGUUUGUCCAAGACGCCAAGCUUUUUGGGAUCCAGAGUUUCUGCCGUGAACUGGUUGAGGUGGCUGACCUGCUAGAGAAGACUACAGACAACCUGCAGGAAGAGGAGGGCCAGAGGCUGGCUCAGGUCCAGGACAGGCUGCAGGGGAUCUUCACAAAGCACGGCCUGAAUAAGAUGAGCCCUGUUGGGGAUAAAUACGACCCGUACCAGCAUGAGAUAGUGUGCCACACUCCUGCUGAGGGAGGGGAGCCCAGCACCGUUACUGUAGUGAAACAGGAUGGGUACAAGCUCCACGGACGCACCAUUCGUCAUGCCCAGGUGGGCAUUGCUGUGAUGAGGCAGGAGCAGGACUAGGGCUUGUGCUCGUCUCUGCCCUCGCUGUAGUACUCUACUGUCUGCACCUUACAGUUUUUUCUUUGCAGCAAUCCUUUGUUUUUGAAUGAUUUUACUGUUUUAGUGAGUUGUUCCAAUUUGGUUAAGUUCUCAUUAUGUACAGUCAUGCAAAUAACAACUUAUUUAACCCUUUUUCUAUAUUCUACAAUCUGAAAAUAAUGGGCUUGUUCACAUUCUUCUAGAAUAUAAUCAUUUUUAGAUUGUGCCUAAUCAUGUGAAUGUGUUAGUGUUUUCCAUAAGUGCCGGUCGUCGGCUAAAUAGCCGAUAAGACUCAUAGUAAGCCGGCUACUUCAUAAACUAACUAGGCUUUUAAUUUAGAAGUUUCAAUUCGCUAGUCAGAAAAGUCUGUAUAGCCUUCUCCCACUUGAAUGAAUGACAUGCACCUUCUAGUGAUGUAUUGAUAGGACAGGUACCUGUCAGUCAAAAAGUGAGCAAUGACAGGGAAACUGAUGGUUUGUCCCUCUGCUGUCUGUCCCAGCUCUCAAUACCUAUUAUUUUUGUGUAUACUGUGGUUGGCUGCAGUCUAAUCUUUUCACGGAGAAGGGAGAGCAUGAUGCUUAUUUUCCGUCUCCUGUGAGUGAAUUAACACGUCCCAUAUAAAGUGGUAACAAUGAGUUGAAAUCCACUUAUUGUUUUAUGGCACAUUCAUUUUUCUUUUGUGUGUUUCAUAGGCCAAUACAGCCAUGGAGUGAUAGUCUGUUUGCUGUGCUUUGAUUGACGAACUGCAAGUGUUUUACUAGUUUAUAAAAGGUGUCGAACUGAUGGAAUAAAGUCAAUCUCCUAUAUCCCUUCACUAUUCAUAAAUAAUACAGCGUAGUUAUAUGUCCAUUGUAUCGCAUCGGGUCAAAGAAACAAAAUCAAUGCCUUUCUUUUGAUCCUAUCAGUAUCGACACAUGCUCCAAUGACACACUUGGCGAAUGUUCUUUCUGUGUGGUGUUUUGGGAAACGUUACAUCUUUGGUUAUUGUGGGAAAGAUGCAUAGUUAAAACACAUGUAAGCCUUUUGUUCCUUUGGGAAAACGAGCCCUGGGAGGGAAAGUCAUUAAACUAUUAAUGUAAUUUAGCUGUGUAUAUUGGAUUGAAUCAGGACAUUAGAAUGUACCAGAGGCCACCAAAAUAGAGCUUGUUUUGUAAAAAAAAAUCUCAGGGGGCAUGCCCACCUUGACCUCUCAGGCCCGGAUCUCCCUGGCUGGCUGCUUUUUCUAUUUGGCUGGCUACUUCAUGUACUUAUGGAAAACACUGGCGUUAGCUAUUUUACUAACAUUUAAAGAUAUGUAAAGGUACUUGAGGAUAUUGUUAUAGUGCAUAUUUGCAUAAGACUUGGUUGAGGAAAACCUUUUUGUUUACUAAUGUGAAUGGAAGAUAGGUUUCCUUUAAGGACCCCUUAUAAUACUGUGAACAUCUCUGGUUUCAGGUCCACAUACCGUAAUUGCUGGACUAUUAAGCGCACCUGAAUAUAAACCGCACCCACUGAAUUAUUAAAAAAUAUGUAUUUUGUACAUAAAUAAGCCGCACAUGUCUAUAAGCCGCAGGUGCCUACCGAUACAUUGAAACAAAUUAACUUUACACAGCCUUUAAACGAAACACGGCUUGUAACAAAAAUUAAACUGUAGCCUACCAAGAAAGUCAUUGGUCACUAUCUUCCUCCUCCUGUGCACUGAAACCACUGAAGCCAUCUCCUUCGGUGUCGGAGUUGAAUAGCCUCAGAAUUGCUUCAUCCGAUGUUGGAUCGUUUUCAUUGUCGCUCUCGUCACUUUCAUCCGGAGGCAAAUUCCCCGCUGAGCUCAUGCUGCCCCUUCAACACGCAGCUGUCCCGCCUUUCGAAACCCGUUGAUGAUAGUGGAUUUUUUGACAAUGCUCCACUCUGUCAGGACCCACUGGCAGACUUGACCAUAAGUUGCUCUUCGCAUGCGGCCCGUUUUAGUGAAGGAUUUCUCCCCACUUGUCAUCCAAGCCUCCCACUGAACAAGGAGCGCCACCUUAAAUGCACGAUUUACACUGAUGUCGAGUGGCAGCAAAUACUUUGGGCCAUCUGCUUUUCUUCCCUCUGAAAGCUGUUGUUGUCUUUUUGCACUGACUCAGUUCCUCACGCUGCUUUCCAACGUCUUAUCAUCGACUCAUUAAGGCCAAGCUCCCGUGCAGCAGCUCUAUUUCCUUUUCCAACAGCCAGAUCGAUCGCCUUCAACUUGAAAGCUGUAUCAUAUGCAUUUCUCCGUGUCUUUGCCAUGAUGAGGGUGACAAAAUGACUACCGUAAUCAGAAUGAUGGGAAAUUUGAGCGUGCUCGAUUUACCUCACAUUAUGUGACGGUGCUCAGUUUUUUGGCGGCAUGAAUCUUGUGAAAGCGGGGAAAAUCCAUAAAUUAGCCACGUCAUUGUAUAAACCGCGAGGUUCAAAGCGUGAGAAUAAAGUAGCGGCUUAUAGUCCGGAAAUUACGGUACAUUUCUCCCACAUUAUUAUGUGAACUGUGUACAUUUCUAGAGGUCACAUUAAUCACACUGCACAUUGGAAUUGUUUUGUUUUUUCUGUAUGUGAGCAAGUAAGAAUUAAGUUCUUGACAUUAGAGAGAAUCUGUGAUAUUAGAGGAUGGGAUGGUUAUGUAGAAUGUGCUGUUACCUGUAAUUGUCCCUUAUUAUGAAGCUGGCACCUUUUACAUUGAAAAUGUUGGGAUUUAUGUAUUUAUAUAGACAAAUGUUUAACAUUACCCACAGAGUAUUGUGUAUGAUGCAGCUACGAAAUAGGUUCAGUUAAAGCCACUUUUAAGAAGGAUCUUUGAGCCUUUUAAAACAUAUAGAUAGUAUGGAUAAUAUUUUCUAUCAAGUAAUUUUGCCUUUAAAUGAAGCACCACACGUGUGGUUGAGAAGUUAUGGUGUUCUCUAACAAACUAUUUUGCUUUCAGACUACCAGAGUACAUCACAUUAUUGCCUUAAUAAAUGUAUUGGAAAAAUU